AUGGCCCCUACUACAUCCGGUCCUCAGAUAUUCGACGAUGCGAAUCGUGUCCCUAAGUCCUCGGUUUUCCGGGCUAUGAUUUCAUCCAAACACAAAAGAAACCAGUCCGCGGACGAUGCUAUGUCGCCACAGCUUCCAACACCUAAAACCUCUGACCCAAACCCCUUCCCAUGGACGCAGCAACCUACUUCGACACCCGGCCACCUCCCACUGGGUGAAAUAGUCCCCAACCGCGAUGCUGGUGAUAAGAACAUUCCAGUCGCGAAGUCAGACAACAAGGAAGGCAAAGGCGCCCUACACAAGAAGACUAAGAGUGCCGUCUCCUUGAAGUCACUGAGAAGCUAUAUGGAGCGCAAAGAUGGACGAUCCGAGUCACCCGACGAGCAGUCGGAUGAGAUGAGGCCUAAGAAGACCAAAUCUACGAAUAGUUUCUCCGCUAUCUUGAAACGAUCUCAGCGGGGUCGUAAAGAUGGCUCGAAGCAGAGUCGCGAUAAAGAGAAUCGGAGUCCAGCCGAUCUGAUUGACAGCAUGCCCUCCCCAGUUUCAUCCCCAGUUUGGUCACAAGACUCGAUCCCAAUAUUUCAGCAGGAUACCAAUCGAUCUCGGCAGAAUUCGACAGCAGACAAGCGCCGAAGCGUCGCCGACGAAGUCUCACUCUACACGCCCAAAGGAUACAGCCCCGCUCAGCAACGAAACUUCUAUGAUUAUCACCAACCAUCGCUUACCAAAUCUGCAAAGUCUGGUGAAAGCAAGCCGCGUCCCAAGUCGGAGAAUUUCGCGGGAAAUAAGAAGGUAAAGGAGAUGCUUGGGUCAGUGCAGCGCCCGCCCACUGGGGAUGGCAAUGCGAUUGACCGAGUCGACAGCGCCAAUUCUAGAAGCCAAGGGCUUGAAAGAGGGCGAAAGAUGUCGGCUCCUGAGCCCCCGGCACCAAAGUCCCCUGUGAAAGAGGGAAAUCCCAACAGGCUGUCUCGUGUGCAAGCUGCCAUCUCCGCAUUCAAUGCCAAAGAGAAAGAUGCUGAUGUGCAGCGACACCUCAACUCCAAGGAUGUGGAGAGCGAGUUUGAAAAGCUAUUGGAUGCGAGAAACAUUCCCCAUAACAUGCGGGACAGAAUGCGCUCACUUGACACCAAUAUAAAAGUAGACUUCAUUCAGAAAGAUCGCACUGAAAACGGAACCCCUCACAGUGCUGGUACUUCUGACAGUCGCCGAGGACGAGGGAAAGAAUCCAAAGAUGACCAGAAGUCUCAAGACCGCAAGAGUUCCCGUUCACGGUCCAGAAGCCGUGGGUUCACGUUUGGUCGAGGAUCAUCCUCUCCGGGAAAGAAGGCUAGACCCGAUAGUGGAAGUAGCUUUGCCCGUCCCAGAUCAGUUGAUUUGUCCCAACCGGUUGGUGUUUACACAACUCUACACCCAGGUGGCUCAACUGCCUCUCUAUCUGAAGCGGCAGUCGUGGACACUGCAGCAGAUCCCUCAGACUUUGUGCACUAUCUGAGAGAGAUACAGAAGCCAGAAAUGGUCGAAGUUGGAAAGUUGCAUAAGCUACGUCUUCUUCUUCGUAAUGAGACGGUCAGCUGGGUCAACAGCUUUAUUACCGAGGGCGGAAUGGAUGAGAUUGUGCAGCUAAUAUACCGUAUAAUGAAGAUGGAGUGGCGGGAGGAUCACGAGGAUACUCUACUCCAUGAAGCUUUACUUUGCCUAAAGGGCUUAUGCACAACAUCCAUUGCCCUUGCACAUCUUACAAGUAUCGAGGCAGAGUUGUUCCCUGCAUUGCUGAAGAUGCUAUUCGAUGAAGAAAAGAAGGGUCCAAGUGAAUUCACAACCCGUGGAAUCAUCAUCAACCUCCUCUUCACGCAACUCUCUUCAACUUCAUCCCCCGACAGCCCCGCUCAGCGCGCUGAACGACUUCUCAAUUACUUGAAAGAUCCAUCCCCGGAAGAAAGCAACCAGGCACUCCCUUUCAUUGCCAGCAUAUAUCAGUCACGCCCCUACCGCGUGUGGUGCAAGGAGGUUACAAAUGUGACCAAAGAGGUGUUCUGGAUUUUCCUACAUCACUUAAAUGUGAUCCCCCUCCCCAAGGCCGACCCCAACUCCGAUGAUCCCUUCACCGGGACGCGGCCGGUUGAUACUCGCCUCUACUUUGAGCGACACUUCCCUCCACUUCGUCCCCCUGUCCCCGCCGCUCCAUACGUCGGUGGUGUCGAGUGGGAUGCUACCAACUACUUGGCCGCCCACCUCGACCUUCUCAACGGGAUGAUUGCUUCUCUUCCCACAGCCGAGCAACGCAACCAGCUUCGCUCCGAGCUGCGAGCAUCUGGCUUCGAGAAGGUUAUGGGCGCAAGCCUACGCACAUGCAAAGAGAAGUUUUACUCAGCUGUGCAUGAGUGUCUGCGAACUUGGGUUGCUGCUGCUGCCGAAGAUCGCUGGCCCUACACUAUGGUACGCGAGGGACCACCGCGCUCUGGAGACCCUGGAUCUCCUAAGAAAUCCGCCUCAGGAAGCCCAAGGAAGGGCCUUGUCGAUGAAAAACCACCCAAGCUGGAACUCCCACCACUCAAUUUUCCCGACAGUCGCCCCGCUCCUAGCCCAUUGACUCCAACCAGUGACCUACGAAGCUGGCUUUAA